CCAAACCGAAUAUUAUAUUUAUACUUUUUUUAUUGUUUUGCCAGUACGAACGUUGUUCGGGUAUAUCUACUUCUCCAUCACUUUGAUCCAGCACACACGUCGAAUUUUUGUACUCUUACCUACUCUUAUAUCAAUGUACUGCCAUAAUCAUACUGUUCGUUCAAUUUUUCGCUAUUGUUUUUUUUGCCAUUUAAUUUACUCGUACUGUACGAGACUUAGUGGUCGUUACGUUGUUGUUGUUGCUGCUGCUGCCACCGCUGCUAUUUAAUUUGCAAAGAAAAUCUAUUUCGAUCACGCCGAUUCAAGCCGACAGGUGUGAUGAAUGAGCUAGUGGGAUGCGUUUUCUCUUACUCACAAUGUGGGCAUUGUUCUCUGUCGCCGACGCCAAUUACCCCGUAUUUGAGGCAGCGGGUCAGCUGAAACAGUUGCUGGUGCCGGCCGAGGUGCAUAUCGGUUCCGUUAUCUACAGACUAAGGGCUUCCGAUUCCGAUCACGAUUAUCCGCUGCAGUUCGAUGCGACAGAUUAUGGCAGUUACGUCGUAAAGGUGGAAAAUUUACCAUGCAACGUGAACUCGACCUACUGCGAGGCGAACGUUUACCUGGAAAGAGUACUGAUGGUAGGACAAGUAUUCAAAUUUAGAUUUACCGUACGUGAUACCAAAGGUGACACUACUACCGCUUCUGUAUCCAUCGAGGCGACCGACGCACCUGUUGAUAUCACCAACAUAUUUCCACAUUUACCAGGAAUUAUUAUAUUACCCGAGAAUACUAAACCUGGAACCGAACUCGAAUACGUUAUCGUUCGAAGAAACCCAGAGUACAAGAAACCGGCUAUUCUGGAGAUUCGAGGAUCCAAUGUAUUGGAUUUUGGUCGAAUGAGAUCAUCUCAGGAAACGACAACCGGAGUAAUAACGUUGAGAAGAGGUUUAGAUUUUGAAACGCAAAAUAUGUACAAGCUGCAAAUAUUCGCUUUGGAUAUGUACACGGAUAAAUUAGUCGAUUCCAGGAAUAUAGCCGGAUUUGAGAUCAUCCUGAUCGUAGAAGAUGUCCAAGACACUCCUCCGAUCUUCAUCAACACAGAACCAACCACUAAACUAAGGAGUAACUUGACUCAGGGAGAUUUCAUCACCAAAGUAACCGCCAUCGAUGGAGAUCGAGGCAAUCCCAGACCUAUCAACUACGGAAUCGUCUCAGAAAACAAUCCUUUCACCAUUUUUUUCAACAUCGAUCGAUUAACAGGACAAAUAACUUUGGCGAAACCUCUGAAGCAGCUUACUGCCAUAGCCAGAUCUCAUCAACCAAUUCUGCUGACCAUUUUGGCCGAAGAGCAACGAUCCAAUAUAAAAGAACCGCCGGCUAUGUCCACCACUGCGACUAUAGCUUUACUGUUGGCUGAAGCUGGGAAUACUCCACCGUACUUUGAUAACGAUCACUACGUCUGUCAUUUGGAUGAAAACAGUCCCCAAGGAGCUGCCUUAGUAUUCAGUGACGCUUACAGUACUCAAGUUCACGACGAUGACAUGGGCAAACAAGGCGUAUUCUCCCUAAUCCUAGAAAACAACAACGGCACAUUCGAAAUCUCGCCCAAUAUCGUCGAACGCAAAGCCUCGUUCACCAUCCGAGUCCGAAGCAACCUGUUACUCGACUACGAUAUCAGAAAAAGCGUCGAAUUUGUGAUAGUGGCUCGAGAACUCGAUCCAGGAUCGUUGUCCAGUUCAGUGACCGUGCUGGUGUAUUUAAACGACGUCAACGACAAUCCACCCCAAUUCGAACGUACCAUUUAUAUGGCUCAGAUCCCCGAAAAUGCCACAGCCAACGCUUACGUCACCGAAGUCAAAGCGAACGAUACAGAUACGGGGCUUUUUGGCCGGGUACAUUAUACUCGUGUGCUCGGAUUCAGGAAUAGCUCUUUGCUACUGAACUCUGUGACCGGUGUUAUUACUUUGGCUUCCGAUAAUCACGGUUUCGAUCGGGAAGAAGCUUCGGAGUACCACUUGACGGUAGAAGCUCGAGAUAUGGAAGGGGUUGGAUUACUAGCCACUGUACCGAUCAUCAUACGAGUGCUGGAUGUGAACGACGAGACACCCACUUUCGAAGAUGCUCCUUUUCAUUUCACUCUGACUGCCGAUCUGAAGAAUUUCUCGACCAGAGCUUUCAUCAAAGCCAUAGACAAAGACGCCGAACCACCCAAUAAUAUCGUCCGAUACGAAAUAAUCAGCGGAAAUUAUAAUAAUAAAUUCAUCCUGAAUUCGGAAACUGGCGAACUAACCGUGAGAUAUUCCUCGGACUCGCUGGCACAAUUAAGAAAACGCAGACAGGCAGUCAGCAGCUCAUCCGGUCCGUCGAACGUGUAUACGCUGACAGUACGAGCUUACGAUUUAGGAGUACCUCAUCGAUGGUCUACAGCCCAAGUGAGAAUAUUUCCACCCGAAACAGGCACCAGACUUCUGACAUUCGUUAUGCCAGCCAAAGGCUUAGACUACGAGCAAAUGGAAGAGUUACUCAUGGGAAUGACCGGAGGCCACGUUACCAUAGUUGAAAUCAAACCUUAUCACACUCAUAGAUAUGCGAGAGCAGUGGCUGAACCUAAAAAAGCCAGCAAUAAGGAGAAAAGCGUAGUGGUGGCUCGAGUCACUUAUGGAGAUAAUUCGAUGGUCGAUAUGGAGCAUGUGUACUACAUGUUGCAGUCUAUGUAUCGGAACAGCGAGAAGGAAUCUGAUCAGCUCCAAUACCAACCCGCUGAAUCGGGCAUGAGCGUAUAUUGGAUCUUGCUGCUCUUGAUGCUGCUUAUACUCGCCUUAUUUAUCGCGCUGUUGUUGUGCUACCUAUCAAAAUGCCAUCCGUGUUACACUUUGUUCGGCGAGAAAAAAAAGAAUCAGGUAUCCGAUGCGGCUCAAACCAUUAACCUGAGCAGUAAAGGGGUUCAAGCCAAUAACCAUCACAGUCGCAGACUGGAGACUCGCAGCAGUAGCGAUUCGGGGUACCGAAAUCGAUGGAAAUUCUAUCGUCGUCGAGAGCACGAUUCUCAACCUGUGUUCUUAAUACCAAAAUCGAUGUCACCAGCUCACUACAGAAAGUCGACAAUGAACGAUGAAAUGCCAGCUUUUAUAUACCGAACCGAUGUUUCCAGUAUGGAGAGGCAUGCUCCGGGUGAUUUACUCGUUCAAGAUAUCGCUGACAGCGAAUACCAUAUUUUGGAUCCGGCCAAAUUGAAUUUUCAAAGGGUCAAUGAACCGGAAACUGCUCCCAGAACCAAGAAAUACAUCGCUAAGAACUCUCACGAUCGUCACCGUCGUCAAACAUCUCCAGGUCCUCGAGAAGAAACCUUUGUUCGGGAAGGUCAAGCUGAAAUUUUACGUUUGCAAACCAAUGACGAAUCCAUCGUUGCUGAAGAAACACUCCUGCAUCAGCCUGAUAAAACAUACUAUAAUCAUUACGACACGAAUAACACCUCGAAAACCAGUUCAUCUCAUACCGAACACCCUGCCAAGCAGUACGAUACUCAGAACGGGGCCAUAACACAAAUCGAAUACAUCGUUCCUCCGAAGCAAUCCUCAAUUGAAGACGAAAGUCGAACAGAGAAACCCAAGCUGAACAGAUCCAAGCAUAUCGAAGUCGAAAUCGAAGAACCCUCAGUGUCAGCAGAACCAGCUCCAGUAUCACAGGAAAUCCAAAUGAUCCGUAUCGAGCCCUCUCAGAAUGCCCCCUCAUCCUUCGAACCUUCUCCAGGACCUUCUGAAAUUAUAGAUACGUCGAUAGUUCGAGAUGCAGACCUCGUUACCAAAUCAGUUUCCGAGAAGAUCUCCAACGGAAUGACCAAAAUAGGUAUCGCCAACUAUAUCCAGCAUUCUAAGACCUUAGCAAGCACUCAAGACACCCCCCAACCUCCGGCCAGCGAACCUGAUACGUUUCGUAAUACAAUCCUAGACGUAGCUCAUCUCGAAGAAGAACGCAACAGGUUGACUUCUUUCCAACGAGACAUCCUGCUGACUCGGUUCUUGGUCGAAGAGCAGCGUCGUUUCUUGACUCAAACAGUGGAUACUCAAAGUCUUCCAGGUAGCUUAUCCAUGGGUACCCAAACCGAUCGCCAUCGAUCAACACAAACCGACGUCCUAUGUCUGAUGCGACCCGAACCUCGAAAGGUUAAAAGCGAAAAUGACGACUCGAGCGACAGCGAUGCAGACGUACUUCAUAAGAAAGGCUACAGAAGAUGUUACAGCGUCAUAGGGAAAGAUAAAGCUCGAUACAAGAUCCGUACACCGAUCAUGGAAGAGGCCGAGAACGUCGAAGGAGUCAAGUCACGCAACAGUUCAUCUCAGCAUCGUCAAAACAAAAGCAGCAUCUUGAGAAUGGCCAAUAACCGGACCAAAAUCCAUUCCAGGGAGGCUACAGCCGAAGCUAACUCGAAACUCGACCUGAAACACGCCAAAGGCAAGUAUAAAAGCUCCAACGAUUUGCGAAACCAUCACGUUUCGUUGUGCGAUGUCAAGAAAUCAGUCUCUUAUACCGAUAUCAACGAUACUCGAACAGUGCUCUCUGAUAAGGAAAUGUACACGCCGAGAUCUCUGAAAUCUAGACUCAUAGCCAGACGUCUGAGCGCCUCCGAACCUCCCAAGGUGGGAGCUCAUAGUCGUCGACAAGAGUUCAAGCAGAACAGAUCCAAUACUUACGAGAAAGAGUCACACUUCGAGCCAUGCAAGAAAUGCGAAGAACGUCGAAAAGAAGGCACCUAUAAGCCUAAAUGUAAACAUACCUCUGCCAAUAAUAAAACCACAACAGCGAAUGUGGAGAAAACCAACGUCAGUUCGGGAUCGAAUACGAGCGGUGAGAUUAAAUCAAAUGGGGGUGGAGGUGAAAAUAACGACCCUAAUCAGACUACUCCUCCGAUCAGUGCUACUUCCACUUUGAAGCUCAAAAGCAAGAACCAGCAGCUGAUGGAGAAAAAGAGCGUCUUCACUAUCGCUUACGAUGACGCAGCUACCGAACAUUUGGGCAACAGUAGCAACGGAUCUGUACAGGAGCAAGAGCAAUAAUGAAAGAGCUUAUCAACUCUUGAACAUUUUUUAACGCACUUUUUUUUAUUUUAUUAAAAUUUUUAUUUUGCUACAAUUAUAACAUAAUGAAAAUGCUUCCAGUAUGUUCCUCAAAAUGAAAAUCAAAAGAGUUUGUUUUUUAAUUAUUUUUUUUAAAAAUCAUUAUAAAUUGCUUAUACUAAAUAGGUAAUUACCUAUAGUUAUUUUUAUUUUUUUUUCGAGUAGAAAAAUUUUGCCACCGAUUAUUUAAAUACCUAAUCUAAUAUGCUUCACUUUGGAAGAAAAAUUAUUUUGCAACGUAAAAAUUUCAAUAAUUAUUUUUAUAUGUUUAUGUAAUUUAAUACUCUUGUACUCGUAUGUUCCAAUAUUACUAGUCAUGUAUGUAGUUACCUCUCAUGUAAUGUGUAAAUAGGCUAUAAUAGUUAUCGCAGAUUGUAUUUUUCAAAUAUACAUUUUUUUCAAAAAUUUA